UGAAGCAGUUAUUUUAUCGUGUUUCGAAGUGAAAAAAAACAUGGAAGAGAAAACAUCAUUCUUAUUUCGUGAUUUGGAAGAGUUGAAUUCUCAGGAUUUAUUCUCUCUUCUAGAAGAAAUACCAUCUGGGAACAACUCGGAGGUUGAUGAUUGUUCUGAUGAUGAGUUACUUCAAGGGAAGGAUGUGGAAAUUGAGAAUGACUUGAUUGACAUAAAUUCUCUCGAUAUCGUUUAUACGGACGAUCUUUUAGAAAUUGAAAAUUGUGUUGUACAUCAAUCCAAUAAUUCAAUGAAUGUAGCUGCAGAUCAAGAUUUAUGUAACGGCGAAGAUGAAAUUGAUUUGGAUACUGUAAAGCAAAAAAUUUGACGGAAUAAUACGAUUUCGACAACUGAAAAUUCGU